UGAUCUAUCUAUAAAAAUGAGUUUACUAUUGAUAUCAUCUGUGGUUUUAGUGGUGACUUACCUCAUCAUAAAAUGGUUUAAAGAUCAACAUAAAACACCUCUACCCCCAGGUCCAGGAUUAUUUGAAUGUUUAAAAAUUACAUGGAGAAUGAUGCGAAAAAAUGAUACCCAUUUGAUCGGUGAGGAUCUUAGAAAACGAUACGGAGAGAUAUUCAACAUCCGGGUGUUUUCACAAAAUCUGGUUUUCAUGAAUAGUAGUCGCUUAAUGCGUAAACUGCUCUCUUCUGGUCAAUAUCGUGACGUUACAAAUGAUUGACCAUGGACAUUUUACAGAAAACAUAUCAGCUAUGAUGGUCGAGACAUUGCCCUGCGUGAUCACGACGAACUGCUUGUAAAGUUGCGAAGAAUGGUCCAUGGAACUAUCAAAUUAUAUGGAGACGGUAUUAAGGUUUUCGAGGAUAUGAUAAAUGGAGAAAUAAAGAUUUUACAAAAGGAGCUUGAAAAAUCCACACAGGAAGCAUCAUUCAACAUGGACAAAGCUUUAAAAGUUUCACUUAUUAGAAUUAUCCAUAUAUUUUUAACCAACGAAAAGCCUGCAGAUAACGAAGAAUCUCAAGAUAUUUGUGAGACCAUUGAAAACUUUGAUUAUUUUAACAAUUUAAUGUUCAACAGUGCGCUGCUCAAUGCAUGUACCUGGGUUCGUUUUAUACCGGGACCAGUGCGUCAACUAUGCCAAGAUAGUUUGAAAGCAAGAGACAGGUUGAACAAUUUAUACCUGAAUCCUAGUAUUACAGAAAGAAUGAAAUCUCAUGGUAAAGGUUUACUUGGUAGUAUUUUAAGUCAAGCAGAAGACGAUGUCGAGAUUGACGAGGAAUGUAUUAAAGGAGUCCUUGGCAACAUGGUAGCAGCUGGGUAUUUAACAACUAAGGGAGCUUUAAGUGGAUUUUUUCUGUUGAUGCUUUACUAUCCAGAGGUACAACGCCGCAUUCAAGAAGAAAUUGAUGAAUAUAUUGGCAAGGAUAGAGAUCCUAACCUAGAUGACCGAUCAGUAAUGAACUAUACAAACGCCGCCAUUUUGGAAUGUUUGAGAUUUAUUAGCCACGUCCCGAUAGGAAUACCGCAUAUGACUAGAGAAGAUAUAGAAAUAGAAGGAAUGCGGAUUCCAGCAAAGACGACAUUGCUUACCAAUUUUUGGUCGACGAAUCGUUGUGAGAAGUAUUGGAAUGAACCUAAUGUUUUCUUGCCUGAAAGGUUUUUAGAUGAAUAUGGCAAACUUCUUCCAACUGAACACAUUUUAAGAUUACAGUUGAUACCAUUUGGAGUUGGAAGAAGAAACUGUGUCGGGGAAUCGUUCGCCAAGUCUCGCAUAUUCCUGUAUGUGACGUCACUACUACAGAAGUUCAAUUUUUCACGUGGAGAAAAUGUGUUGGCAUCUCAGGAUUCGGCAACAUGGAAACCUACAAUUUCUAUGCACCCGGACUUUCUUAAUUGUACCGUGCGUACGAGAUAAACUAGUUUUAUUUAAUGGGAUGGUACCUAACAUGUAAUGAACUAAUUCGAGCAUUAUUCAACUUCUGAGAUUUUCGUGGAAUUUGUUUGUCAGCGAAACGAAGAACAUUAGUAACGGGCUCUUGCCCUGGAGAUCUGACCAAGGGCGUGUCCGUUUAUUAUCAGAAUCGGAGUUGAUUUAUUUACAUUCAAAAAUUUUAGCUUUAGAUUUCUUGUAUUUUUCUUUAUAUUAUUAUGAAGAGUCAGGAACCGAUUUCAAAUUUGUAUUGAAAUAAUAUUUAC